AUGUUAAUUUUGUUAUUUUUACUGAUAUUUGAAACUAAAGCGAGGGUAAACCCAUUCGGCCCAACAAUCACCAAUGAUUACGCUGGUUGUAUUAUUCAGCUAAUGGAAGAGAAUUUCAAAAAUUCUGGACUUCUUGUGUUUGCAGACACAGACGAUGUUAGCAGUUCGGUGGCAAGAAUUCGUGGAGAAAUUUUGAAAUACAUCCACCAAAGUAUUCACUAUUCCGUUCAAGUUUCAAGUCCUGACAGUGAAAUGAUAAUUUGCGGAGACGAUGAAGAUGUACAUGCUCUACAUAAAUCGGAUGUUUUCGUUGAAGCGGUGCCUCCUGCUGAAUACUUUAUUAUCAUCGUUGACAACUUCAAAGAUUUCACUCACCUUAUGGGUAAACUUAUAAGGUCGCGUAGUUGGGACCCGAGUGCUAAGUUUAUUGUAUUACUUUUCAACUAUGCAUCAAGUGAUGAAACCAACGUUCACUUUGUUGAGAAUAUUCUCACCUGUUUAUUCAGAUAUAAUGUUAUUAACAUAGUAGUAAUCGUACCCCAAGCUAAUAAAAUCAGAAACGCUUUCGUGUAUGGAUGGAGACCGUAUGAUCCUCCUGUGUAUUGUGGUUAUAGAAAUGAAACAGCUAAAAACAGACUAAUUAAAGAAAACAUUUGUGAAGAAGGUAAAGUAAAAUACAAAAAAGAUACAUUUGUAGAUCAAACUCCAAGUAAUAUGGAGGGUUGUGUUCUAUACGUUCUUGCUCUAGAAAGGCAGCCCUUUGUUAGUUCAGAUGAUGAAGAUCCUAAUAUUGAAAAGCUAUUGAUGACAGAAAUGUCGAAUAAAUUUAAAUUCAAAACAAAUUAUGAGAUUAUCAACGCGUUUAGAGGUGAAAGAGAAGACGGACAGUGGGACGGCGCUUUGAAAGAGUUAAUUACGGGAAGAGGAAAUGUUUUAUUGGGAGGAAUAUUUCCAGAUUUUGAUGUCCACGAAGACUUUGCAUGCAGUGAAGCAUACUUAGCAGAUUCAUAUACUUGGGUUGUACCAAAAGCCUAUGCGUCUCCACGUUGGUUGGCCUUAAUAAUUAUAUUUCAGAAAGUUGUGUGGAUUUCUGUAAUAUGCGCUUUCAUUGUUUGUGCAUUUUCUUGGAGUAUUCUAGGCCAAAUGAGUAAUGAUACAAAAUAUAACAAGUCAUUUGGUCACUGUUUUAUCAGUACUUGGAUAUGUACAUUAGGAUUCGGUUCAUAUUUUCGGCCUACCAAAGAAAGCUUGAGAGUUUUCUUCGUUUUCUUUAAUUUGUAUUGUAUACUAUGCUUGACAGCUUACCAAACUAAGUUGAUUGAUGUUCUAAGAAACCCAUCGUUUGAAUAUCAGAUAAAAACUGUUGAAGAAUUGGUUAUGAGUGGGUUAAAGUUUGGUGGGUUUGAAGAGUUGCACGAUUUGUUUUAUAAUUCAAGCAACCCUUUUGAUUAUCGUCUUGGAGAACAAUGGAUAGAUGUAGACGACAUAUCUAAAGCAAUGAUAGACGUGGUUGUUCAUCGAAAUUUCUCGCUACUCUGCAGCCGUCUGGAGCUGGCCCAUCUCUCAGCGAAAAUGCCUGAACUCAGUGAUAGCUUUGGAAAUUAUAAGUACUACCCUUUUGAGAUGAAUGUCUUCACAGUACCAAUGGAGAUGGUCGCUAUGAAAGGAUUUCCUUUCAUGGAUGAGUUUUCAGACACAUUGGGAAUUUUGAAACAAAUUGGAGUAAAUGAUGUUAUAAAACGCUAUUUUGAUUCGUAUACCAAGAGAAGGAGAGCGAAAAUUUUGCAUUAUAUUGAACAAAAGAAGCCUGACAUUGAUGCACUGACUCUGCAGCAUUUACAAGGGGGCUUUUUGGCUUUAACACUUGGGUAUAUUUUUGGAACUUUUGCAUUGUUGAUAGAAAUUAUUGUUAGCAAUCGUUAUGUCAAAAGUAAGUUAUCUCAAUGUAAGGCCGCUUUCAAAAGAGACUAA